UCCCGUAACUCCUGUUUCAGUCUAGUUCCUGUGAAUUCCCCUUUCUCUCCUCUCUCUGACUGAGGGAUGGGCCACCAUGCUUUCAUUCAGCCUGAGCCAAGCUGGAAGCAGGACGUACCUCUGCACCUCUGCAGCUCUGCUCCAGAUCAGAACAGUUAAAGGAAGCCGGCAGAAAACAGCAGAACAGAUUUAGAGUUAAUCUGAAAUAUUUAUUAGAUAAAACAUCGACGACAUCAACUGACCGAUAAGAUGGAUGGAAAGAAAGUUCUCUUCCCUCUGGUGACUUUAAUCUCUCUGUCCUGUCAAGAUCAGACAAACAUCACAGCAGAACCUGGACAGAACGUCACUCUGCCAUGCCGAGCUGAUCAGAACCGACCCGUAAUAGUGGCAGAGUGGAUCAGAACCGACAUAAAGGCAGAAUAUGUCCUUCGGUACAGAGAUGAGCAGUCUGAUCCAGAACACCAACACCGGUCUUUCAAGAACCGGGUCCGUCUACAAGACGGACAGAUGAAGGCUGGAAACGUGGCUUUGGUUCUGAGGAAGGUGACGAGUGACGACAGAGGAACGUAUCAGUGCUGGGUAGUGGAGGAACACAGCUCUGAGAAGAAACUCAUCGGAACCAUCCACCUGGAUGUAGCUCCUCCUGUUCCUACUCAAGAUCAGACAAACAUCACAGCAGAACCUGGACAGAACGUCACUCUGCCAUGCCGAGCUGAUCAGAACCGACCCGUAAUAGUGGCAGAGUGGAUCAGAACCGACAUAAAGGCAGAAUAUGUCCUUCGGUACAGAGAUGAGCAGUCUGAUCCAGAACACCAACACCGGUCUUUCAAGAACCGGGUCCAUCUACAGGACAGGCAGAUGAAGGCUGGAAACGUGGCUUUGGUUCUGAGGAAGGUGAAGAGUGACGACAGAGGAACGUAUCAGUGCUGGGUGGUGGAGGAACGCAGAUCUGAGAAGAAACUCAUCGGAACCAUCAACCUGGAUGUAGCUCCUCCUGUUCCUACUCAAGGAAACAAGGAUGGAAGCAGAAAAUACGGAACCGGCCAUCAACAUCAUGGACUGAUAGGUGCAGCUGUCUUUAUCACUGGUACCAUAUGUUCCUGCCUGGUUCUCCUCUGCAAGGAACAAGGAUGAAUAAAAGUGUGGUGAAAGCAGUCAGACAUCUGGGGCUGGUUCCUCCACCAGUUGUUGCUUUGGUCACAUUUUUCUGGAUGGAGAAAGAUCUGCUGUUCUCUGGAGGAAUCAAAUGACUCCCCUGGGUUGACUUGAAGUUCCUGAUUAGGUUUCUCACCUCUCCUGGUUCUGCUCAGGGUCCAUCAGCUACUGCUGGGCUUCUCUCUCCCACCAGCAUCUGACUGUCUGAUGUGAUCGUAUGACCAACUCAUGCUGCCUUAAUUUAAGGAGAUGUUAGUUUAGCAAUAGGGAUUUUCUCCACAUCCAGUUAUAGAAGCAAAGUAAAUACUACAACAAAAAAAGCUUUAACAAACUCCUAAAAGACCAAAGAAGAUAAAAAGAAUUUAUUGAGUAGAUUUUUAAAAAAAAUACUGUGUUUGUAUUAUAAUGAUGUUAGUAUGAAUAUUCAACAAAAACAGUGUUGGUCUAGCAGUCAUACAGGAGGUUCUGUCCAUAGAACGUAGUAUUAAAAGCUCUGAAGAACAUGGACAGAAGG